ACAAGUGACUUCGGUCGCCGUGACAGUGACAGCACUGACAGCUGAUAUUACAAACAAUGACACACGUCAUUUGAUCACAAUCGAAGGCAAAAUUGUUGAAUACAUUCUAGAAUUUCUCGACAAACAAUUAAUUAAUUACUCUGAAAGUAUACAUUUUCAUUAGUAAUACGUUGAAUCUCAAAUAUUUGAAUACAUUUGUUAGUUCAAAGCUCUCUGUCGUUCUACACGGACUAUUAUUGUGUGGGUGUUAAAGUUGUGAAAUAUCCUGUGUUGUGCGAUAGGGAAGGUUUCGCUGUGGUCAUGGGUCUCCAAGCACACUAUGAGGAAGAGUUGAUGGCAGAGGAGGAGCCCGCGUCCGCGUGGGUCAUCAACCCCGUCAGCUUCGUGCUGCAGUUCCUGGCAUCGUACGGCUGGGUGCUGGUGGGGUGUGCGGCCGUGCUGCUGUACGCGCUGCACAAGCUGCGCCCUCUCUAUGACAAGUGGCAGCAGGCGCGCGAGGAUGCUGUCUAUCAUAAGAACCCGGACGUGGCCCUCGCUCGCAUGGAGGCGGUGCAGCGCGCUCGAGAGCUGCAACAGCAGCGCCUCGCCGAGGCCUCGCAGCGGGCGCUAGAGCUGCAGAAGGAGCGUGAGGAGCGCAAGCGACAGGAGAACGCGGAGCGCCUGCAGAAGUACGGCGGCGCCGGACAGCGCCUCGGGGAGAAGGGAGACGACUACAUGCCGCUGAGCGCGGGCGCGUCGACGUCGUCGUACCGGCCGCCCAAGAAGUCCAAGUGCGGCGGCGGCGGCUGCGGCCGGUAGACGCAUCCUGCACCUAACACUACUACAUACCACUACCACGUCAUAUAUAUACUGAUAAAAUUAUAUCGUCAAACUAAACUAUACGUAUUGUGUACUUAUUGGAGGUGAUCUAUCUCUGUUGAAUCGAUGCAUAUUACAUUGUAAUACAUCGUCAAGUAAUUCUGCCGCCGUGAAGUCGGCGACGCGACGCAUGCGCUCUCUGCGCAGUAGAAUUUUUUUGUGAAUUUUUAAAACAAUAAAGUGUAUGUAAUGCCAUAUUACGUGUAAUAUGUUCUACAUAAUAGAUAAUCGAUGUAUAUUCAUCAGUGAAGUGCUCUAUUGUCACGGGUGACGCCGUUUUAAUAAAAUUAUAAUGAUAA